AUGAUAACACGUUCUUCUGUCCCUAAAAAAUCUAUUACGGAUCUUGAAAGCUUAACACCAUAUUCACCUUCUGAUUCUUUUCCAGAUGAUGAAAGCAUCGAACCUCCUAAAAAACGCACCCGACGCAAAAAGGAUUCUACCUUGACGGAUGAGUCUAUAACCACACUUGAUGCAUUUUUCACAAAUGAAAAAGGCACAAAGUCUAAAAAAGAAAAGGAUGAAGAACAAUUUUUUAAGAAUUUUCGUUUACGUCGUAUAGUCAAAGAAAAUCACGGACAUGUCAUAAAUCAGUUGGCAUUCUUUUUCAAUUUAACAAAUUAUGAGGCUCCUGUAGGUUUAGAAUACAAAAAAACCUUUAACAAACUUGGUCACGUCGAACGCAAUAUACAUGAUUCAAGUAACAUUUUGGCAAGCGCAAAUAUCUAUGAUAAUGAACACUGUGGUGAUCACCUGGAUAUUGUAUCCAAUUUUGCUGUCUCUUCUGAAAACGUCGACUUAGCUUCAGGCGAAUUAUUGACUUGUUGUUGGUUACAUCGAAACGAAGAUGCACUGUUGGCCAUUGCUGGAAACGCUCGUAUCAUAUACAUUAUCAGUCUUGCUUUAUCCCUUACUUUGAAAACUUUGCGGGGGCAUACUGAUGUAAUUACUGAUAUUCAAAAGUACCCAAAAGAUGAUCGACACAUAUUAUCCGCAGCAAGAGACGCAACUGUUAGAUUAUGGCAUGUAGACAGAGGCACGUGUUUGUACGUUUUCGAAACUAGAGCGUCGGUAACUUAUUGGCAUCCAUCCGGCCAAUCCUUUUUAACCGGAAAUUACACCGGAGAAAUUCGAAUUUGGGAAACUCCAAAUUUGAUCAAUCCAUCCGAAGAUACACUGCAUCUUUUUGAAGACGACCUUAUAACACGGAUCGAGUAUUGGAAUUACGAAACAUUUGAACUUAUUAAAUCUUUCGUUAUCAAAAACAGUUCAAACAAUAGAUCGAGAUUUGAUGUUAGUUUGGAUGAAAAGUACUUUUGCGUGGGUACGAGUAAUGGUACUGUUCAUAUAUAUAAUGUCUUAAGCGGUAAAUUGGUAACUGAGCUUCGCCAUCGACGAUCAACCAAAGCUGUAAGAUGUUGCAUAUUUUCAAGAGAUACAAAACAAGUACUUGCGGCUGGUGAAGAAGGAUAUAUUUGGAGGUAUGAUUAUAUUAGUGAUGAAAAAUUGGUAGAAUGGGCGAAAUGGAAACAGACAAAACAGGAAGAAUAA